CACAUUCAGCAAGUGGAAGUGGUUGGAAAAUUGCAUUUGCAAUAAGUCCGAGAUCAAAGCUUUCCAAAUUGAUUAAUUAGUCUCAGUAAAGCUGACAGUUUGCACAAAUGUGGGCGCUAUUGCUCUUUCGCACCUCUACCACUCUGAAGUAGGGCCUACUACAUGCAGUGUCAUGUAUGACAAUGAACCAACCAGUUUGAGUUAGACCUACCGGUUUGGUGAAGGAGAAAUUUUGAUAACUUUUUUAGAACAGUGCCAAUGAAUAGAGAUUGAGAAUGAUUGUCUUCAUUGGUUUUAUGUACUUUGGGAUUAUACAGUGGUUAAGUCAAAAAUAUAGACUGUCCAGGUACAAUAAAAUGAUUCGACCAUGUUUAGGUCGAGCCAAUAGUAUAAUGGUACAACGCGUUCGAGCUUUGGCUCCUUUGAUAAAUACUCAAGUAUCUCAGGUUAAAGUGCCACUCCAGUAUCAGAAGAAGUUAGGUGACGAUUAUUUAGAUAUUAGUAUAGUUGAACCAAAACAAACGGUUAAUCUCGAGUCAUGGUCUGCUGAUUCCAUGUUACCUCAAACAGAUACAAAUCUUGGAGAUGAUUUUCUGGUCUUAUUACAAGCAACAACAAUUAAUGAAUUAACUCACAAAUUGCGUGAAAUCCCUGUUGGGUAUAAGAUACAUGUUUUCCAGGAUUUUUAUCCAUUAGCAUGGAAAGCUGGAAAUCCGUAUGAAGUGAUUUUUCGAACAACAAUUACAAAGUUCAUAAAAAUGAUGGAUGAUUUUGGACAAGGGAAGUUAACAAUGGGGGAUGAUUUAGAGCUGGUUUCUUUAACAACUGUGCAUGCAGUAGGGAGACCAUUUACACCAUCCACAGAGAGUCACAGAACAUUUGAUUUUGAUACCAGUUCAGGUUCGUUAUCAAAUCUUGUUUCUUCAAAAAGUCAAAUUAUGAAACCAGAAAAUGAAUUAACAGAGAACCAGGAUGAAACCAAAGUUAAUUCUUCCCAAACUGUUGAAUUUUAUUUGGGGUCAAAGGAGGAAAGGCUGAAGACUACUAGCAAGAAAGACGUAAAGACCCCCCAUGAUUACCCUAAUACACAGGAUGAUGAGAAAACAACUGAAGGAAAAAUUCAACCUCAAACUAUAAAACCUCCUAAUAUUUUGGUGUUCACUGGUAUAAAUGAUGCUGAUGAAAGAUAUUUAGAAAUUAAGGAUUUAUUAGAACAGUGUAUUAACAGAGAUGCAUAUACUAUUUAUCAUUUGAAACAGGAUCAGCUUCUGUCAACACCUUGGAUGGAUAAUGUAGCUCUUCUUGUGCUUGCUUGCAAGGAUGCUGCCAAAAAUACUGAUUCUGAUGAUAUUUUUUGUAAUUUCUUCCAAAAAGGUGGAAAUAUUUUAAGCUUUGGGUCAUCUUUUGAAAACUGUUUAAUAGAUGUUUUGCCUUCAUCCUCUCAAAAUGUAAACAUUCAAUUUAGCUACAAAAAUUGGAAAGAUAUUCAUGGAAUGUCAUCAAAGUUCCAUUACAGAAGAGAUGGUCAAAAACUAUCAAAUGCUGUGUCCCAAAUAUUAGGUGAAAAUGAUGAAAAUAAUGAAGGACUAAUUGCUCUAAUAACCUCAGACAAGAGUAAAUCGGUUCUUAUUCAACUCUACUUGGACAAAGAUCCUGUUAAUCUGUCAUUGACAUCAAGCGAGUUUAAAUCCUUGAAACAGUCCAAUAAGUCACGGAUGGAAAUUUUACAAGAUAUCAUUAUGAUGUUAGACGUCAACUGCUCUUCAGGCACCCUGCCAGAUCUAACACCAGCGUACUUGUUAACAUCGAGCAAAGAUUUUAUGGAUUCAUUUCUAAAAUGUUUUAAUCAAGUAGCUAAGAAUAAAAGUAUUAAAGGUAAAAGUGUGACGCUUCAGCUUGUAGAGGAUGAAUCUACAUUGAAGCCUACUGAUUCACACUUGCCAUUAAUAGCUACUUCAACAACCAGGGAGUUCCACUAUUUUGCAUCUGAUGUUUACUGGAAGAACCUUACAUCAAGUUGUUUAGGUCAAGUUCUAAUUUAUACGGAUGUCAUACCAACCACAAUGUCCCUCUUUGAUGGUUUUAUGUUCUCUGUACCUGAAAAUAUCGGUGCUGUGGCCAUUGCUGGACGCCAGACUUCUGGUAGAGGAAGGGGGGGUAACUCAUGGUUAAGUCCUGUUGGUUGUGCCAUGUUCAGCGUUCAUGUUCAAAUUGAUAAAGACUCUGGGCUUGGUGGAAAAAUUACUUUUUUACAGCAUAUUAUGUCCUUGGCAGUUGUUCAGAGUGUGCGCUCACUACCAGGAUGUGGGGACCUCCCUUUGAAGUUAAAAUGGCCCAAUGACAUCUAUUAUGAAAGAAGUAUUAAAUUAGGAGGGGUCAUUGUUAAUUGCUCAGUGGUGGGUUCAACUAUCCAUGCUAUAAUCGGUUGUGGGUUUAACGUAUCUAAUAGUAAUCCAACAAUUUGUAUAAAUGAUAUCAUUUCCCAAUACAAUAAGGAGCAUAAAACCACCAUUUCAAUGUGUCGACCAGAACAGUUGAUAGCAAGAACCAUUUCCAACACAGAAAAGUUGAUUCAAUUGUUCCAGUCGCAGGGACAUCAGGCAUUCUGUGAAUUGUAUUAUAAAAAUUGGAUACACAGCAGUGAAAGAGUUCAGGUUGAAAGUUUGGAUUUUUCACUGGUAACCGUCAGUGGACUAGAUGAAUUUGGAUUUUUGGAAGUGAAAAAGGAUGAUGGUAGUGUUUUCAGCCUACAACCAGAUGGCAAUAGUUUUGACAUUAUGCACAACCUUAUUGCUAUCAAAAAAUUUUAAAAUUAUUACAAAUUAAAAAAUGUGUAAAUUAGAAAGCUAUAAUUUAAUCUUCCUAAUGGUGCCUUAAAGUGCAAUCUGAUUAAAAUACAGAUCUAUAUUUUGUUUCGCUUUUUAUACUUUCGAUGGCCUACACUACAUGAAGAUCUGACCAGUUGUUUUGUGAGGUCACGUCAGAAGUCAUAUGAGCGGCUUUUGACCCUAUGUCAGAUAUUUGAUUAACCAGUCAGCAUUGAUGUUUCUAGUGGAUUACCCACAGUCCCAUGCAGCUCAUGCCAAAAGUUCGCUGUAACAGACCGUUUCAUUAGCUAAUCUCUUACAUCAUCCAGAACGUAGGUUAUAUAACAACUCUUCCAGAUCCUAGUGUAGUAAAUACAAGUAAAAUGAAAUUUUACUAUAAAAACGAAACGAAAUAGGAUCUGUGUUUUAAUCAGAUUGCUUAAAGUUGAGGAAAUGAAUUCAAAAUUAUCUGUUAAUUGAAUUUCCUGUAUUUACAUUCUCUGUGAUUAAAAGUAUUAUAUUAA